AUGUCACAGAAAAAUGAGACUACUUUCAUAACAGAGUUUUUCAUUGUGGGAUUCCCUGGACUUCGACCUGAAUACUACAACCUCAUAGGUGCCAUUUUUUUCAGCAUCUAUGUGAUGAUAAUAAUGGGGAAUUCUAUUUUUAUAGUCCUGUUUGUGACUGAACCAAGUCUCCAUAAGCCCAUGUACAUUAUCAUGUUGAAUCUGGCUGUGUCUGAUGUUGGAUUCUGUACUGUAGCUCUCCCUAAACUGAUCUCUCGCUACUGGUUCAAUAAUGGUUACCUCUCCUUCCAGCUCUGUCUGAUGCAGAGGCAGUUCAUCCACUAUUUUGGUACAUUGAACUCUCUUAUUAUGAUGAUCAUGGCUAUAGAUCGUUAUCUGGCUAUCUGCCACCCACUCAGAUACCCUGUAUACAUGACCACUCGAACUAUGAAGUUUGUAACAGGUUUUAUUUGGGUUUCUGCUAUGAUUUUCCCUGGUAUUUCUACAUCUUUGACCGCUAAGAUGCCAUUCUGUGGGCCUAAUCUGAUAAUGAACUGCUUUUGUGACACCGUUUCUAUGAACAGUCUAGCCUGUGCUGAUGUCAGCUCACAGAAUUACAUUUCCACCUCAGUUGCAACCUUCGUGCUUCUUUUUCCCUUCUCGUUCAUCAUUUUUUCCUACAUCAGCAUUGUUGUUGCCGUCAUUAAGAUUGCCAAUAUUCAAGGCAGGCUGAAAACAUUCUCUACCUGUGCCACACAGCUGGCUAUCGUUAGCAUAUAUUACAUACCCAGAUUCUUUGUGUAUGUAACACCUUACAUACCUAACUUAAAACUGAACAUUGACCAAAAAAUCUCACUCACUGUGUUUUAUACAUUGUUUCCAGCAAUGGUAAACCCACUUAUAUACUGUUUCAGGACCAAAGAGAUCCGACAGCUGUUACUGAAGUGGUGUUCUAGGAAAAAGACCUUCAGUCACAACAAUAAUGUUGUAUCUGUUUCUAAAUAA